GUAUAUUUGGAAAGUAAUCGGCCGUGGAUAUGAUAGGUACUUCUUUCGUUUAAUUAAUCGAUAUCCAUGUGGUAUUGUUGUCAGAUAUAGUCGACUUUCAUGUCAUUAUUUCAUUCUUUUAUGAAAUCUCACUCAGACGUAAAAGCAAGAGCAACACGUUUGUGCUCUAUUUGUAAAUUCAAAGCUACAAGUCUUUAUUAUCAUAUUACAGUGAAUUCAUAUUCGUAAUUUGUUUCAAUCAUAUUUUUCUCUACAUUUUAGAGAAGUCAGACAUUGGUGAGUUACGUUAAUAUGUUCAAUUCAUCUUCACACAAAGUAGAAGGCCUGGUUGCGAUGGAAAAAACUAUAUUAUGAGUAAAAUCCUUUAUCUCGUGUGGAUACCUUGCUGAGUUCUAACGAUGUUCUGCUAUUUUGUGUCAAAAUUAUCUUUCUUCGGAGUGAUAUUGCUUGAAGUCUUAGCUAGCUACCAGAUUCAAGUAGUCGUGGGAUUGGAAUGUCCAAACGGGACAGGAUGGAGCGAAUUCUCAUCCACUUGUUACUACAUACAGGGAGGUAGUAUGGUUUGGGACACAGCAGUUGCUACCUGUGAAGGUCAUGGAGCUUCGAUAGUUGAGAUCACUUCCAUAGAGGAGAACAAUUACGUCAAUAGCAUCUCAAGUGGCUGGCAUAUAUGGCUUAACUGUAGAGACCAUCUUGUGGAAGGACAAUUUGUUUGUGGAGAUGAUGAUCACCCAAUCACUUACACGGCUAAUGAAUUGAGUUCGAAUACUGAGCAAGCGGACUGUGUUUAUUUUAUUGCAGGGACUUGGGGUGUUUACGAUUGCGCAGUAACACCCAUUUCUAUCGUCUGUGAAAUAGAUGAUACAAACCCACAAGAACUCUCUUCAGCUACUGUCGAAACUGCAGAAUGUCCAAACGGGACAGGAUGGAGCGAAUUCUCAUCCACUUGUUACUACGUACAGGGAGGUAGUAUGGUUUGGGACACAGCAGUUGCUACAUGUGAAGGUCAGGGAGCUUCGAUAGUUGAGAUCACGUCCGUAGAGGAGAACAAUUACGUCAAUAGCAUCUCAAGUGGGUGGCAUAUAUGGCUUAACUGUAGAGACCAUCUUGUGGAAGGACAAUUUGUUUGUGGAGAUGAUGAUCACCCUAUCACUUACACGGCUAACGAAAUAUUGAGUUCGAAUACUGAGCAAGCGGACUGUGUUUAUUUCAUUGCAGGAACUUGGGGUGUUUAUGAUUGCGCAGCAACACCCAUUUCCAUCGUCUGUGAAAUAGAAGUUGCAAACCCUCAAGAUACAUCUCAAACUGUUGUAACGACAGAACAACCAAUUUUUUCGUCAGCCGAGAGUGUGGAGAGUACAACAGAGGAGCACGUUCCAUUUACUGCUGAAGUCACCACUGAUCAAACGAUUCCUUCUGACACUGCUGUGAUCACAACCGAUAUGCUGGUUUAUCCAACUGCGGCUCCGAAGAGUCAAAUGCGAGGGUUACACUUCGGAUACAUGAAGAUAUAUUCAAUCAGUACAGGGAACUGUCUAGUCGGUCACGUGAUUUAUGAAGACCUUCUUACUUCUAAGAUCCGCUGUGUAGCCCGCUGUUUGAGCCUUCUCGACUGUUUGUCCAUAAAUGUUUUCUCAAGAGAGGGGAGAGUUCAGUGCCAGCUCAACAAUUCCAAUCGAACUGUAUCGAGCAAUGACUUCCUGAUGGUUGAUGACUGUCAAUAUUUUGAGUUUAUCAUGCAUUUUUAAAAUCUCGUUUGAUUCCACCGAAUACGUUUUUAUACAAGUCAUGUAUAUCUUUAUGAUUUCAUGGUUCGGUGACAAUAUGCAAUCCAAAGUAGUAACUGAUUUUUUUAAUCGCUCCUUGUAUAGCAAAAUAUAUAGGCUUGCAUGGGUUCAAAACCUAGUAUAUGCACCCCGGAUAUGCACCGCUGAAGCCAGAGUUGCUUUAGCGUUGGUUUAACAGAAGCGAAUGGUAGCGAGCGUUGGUUUAGCGGCGAAGCGAACGUUGAUAGAGCGGCGUUCUGCGCAUGCGGGCGUUGGCUCGGCGGGGGUUUAAAGUUGGUUUAGCGGUAUACCGCUUUUGACUGUACGGAACUGAACGAAUCGCUUUGAUACAAGUUCUGAUAGAUUCCAAGUGGGCUCCUAGCUGGUCCAUUUCUCCCCCUAUUUAUAGCCAAAUUCUGGUCACGCGCGCUUCGACAUCUCCAUACCAACGCCAAACCAAUGUUCAUCACCGUAAUGGAUCGUUGCUUCAACGCCCGACACCGUUCCAGCAAUUCCGUGUCCGCUCGUAAAUCGCUUACAACCGCUUCACCAAAGUUUGUGCAACGUUUAAUCACCACCCGCGGGCAAAGCUGGCGAAGCAGCGGUGGUCCAGCGUUCAAGAUUUCUGUGUUGGCCUUGCGGACCCAAGCAAGUGUGUUCUUGUCGUCCUCCUGAGAACGACAAGAACACACUUGUCGAAACGUCGAGAUUGGGUGGUCCUUUUCAGGACCAACACUUGCCCAAGAAAGAUACAUGGUGUACCGUGAAACCUACUACACUAUUCUUUUCUUCGCCAUGGAAACCUUCAAAAGUAUAUAGACCUUGUUCAUAAAACUUUGACAUAAAGUUAAUCAUGUAUUACUGAACAUCCUGCUUUAGUUUCAGGUCACAUGACCGAGAUCAAAUGUCAUUUAGUGUCAAUGAACAUCAAAAUCUUAACCUACGGUUGUUUUUUCUAAAUUUCAUCAUAACUUUAAAAUUUUAUGGAUCUAGUUCAUGAAACUUGGACAUACGAGUAAUCAAGUAUUAAUAAACAUCCUGUCCGGGUUUCAGGUCACAUGAUCAAAGUCAAAGGUCAUUUAAGGUCAAUGAACUUUUGCCAUUUGGGGGGGUAAUUUAGGAAUUGCAAUCAUAUCUAUAAAAGUUUAUGGAUAUAAUUAUUUUAUGAAAUAUGGACAUAGGGGUAAUCAAGUAUCACUUACAGGUCUUGGGUCACAGUCAUGACCAAGGUGAAAUGUCAUUAAAUGACAUCGACACUAAAUUUUAGGGUCAAUGAACAUAGUAUCAUAUCAUUAUAUGAAUGGUGCUUUUUGUGAAUACCCAUUUUAUAGCAGUUUUUUAAGUCAUCGCUGCUGCUAUAUUGAAUUGCGUAAUGCAGGCGAGACUGCCAGAGGCGCUCCACUUGUCUCCUUCUACCGCUUCUGCUGUGAUUUCUGUUUCUCUCUAUAGUUGUAGAGGGGUGGUAUCAUCAUUAUGAAGGCUAUACUUGGCAUUAGUUAUUAACAUCCAGUAUAAUUUGAUUAUUAGAAGCAUAUUCACCACAUGUACAUGUACUCAUGCCUUGAAAAUUCCAUAAAAUGCCUUGUGUUUCAAGGCGUCAAUUCCUCAAGACCAAGGCUAAGGCAAACUCAAGGUCAAGUACUACAACACUGGUAAAAUUAUGAUUUCCUGUUUGAUAUCAAAUUGGAAUCUGCUAUGAAAAAUAAAAGUUUGUGUAAAGUCAGUCAAGUAUGAUUUUCAUGGACAAGCUUUCAUUGUGAUUUUAAUUUUUUAUAUAAUCCAUUGUCUAUUAUGUGUAGACAUUUACCUAUAGAGAAUUUCAAUGUCCCAGUAUAUGCGCUUGCAAUACUGGAUAUUUAUUCGUGUAAUUAAUUGAUCACUAUAAGCAUAAACUCUGCAUUAUCAUCUCCAUGUUGCCUAAAAAACGGUCAUGUUUUAUAAAUGUGAAUAAUGCUGACAGUGCAAUGAGUAAUUAAGCGAAUGAGGUAACUAAACAAUUAAUUUAUUAAGCAGUCAUUAAAUGUUAGAUGUAUUGACCUUGCACUCUGGCAACAAAGAAUCACUUUAUGUAAUUAAAUAUCUAAUAAAUUAUGUUCUUUGACUAUAA